AAGCCUAACCAAAUUUGGCCUCUCUUCACCGAUUUCUUCAACUUCAACAAGUGGCUCCCAACACUCGCUACGUGUCACGACGUUCAGAGCAUCAACGGUGAACCCGGCUGCCUACGAUUCCGCUCCGGCUCCUCCAUACGGUCAAACAGCAUAGAAUCCACCGCGGGAUGGUCGAGGGAGAAGGUGGUGGCCGUUGAUCACGCGGAGCAUGUGUUGAGAUACGAGAUAGUGGAAACUCCACCUGAAACCGAAGACUCUGUUUCUGAAGUUUCUCCACCUGAAGCCGAAGACUCUGUUUCUGAAGUUUCUCCACCUGAAGCGGAAGACCUUCGAUUCAAUAAGGAAGAAAGACAAGAAGAACACUCACUCACACACAGCUACAGAUUAACGAAGAAGGUGAGGAUAUUGCCAUGUGGGGAGGAUGGGGAAAUUGAAGGUUGUGUGAUUGAGUGGGAUUUUACCGUUGAUCCCGUUGGAGGAUUGUCUCUAGAUGAUCUGGUGAUGAAGUAUGAGAAAGCACUUAGAAUAAUCGCGAAGAACAUGGAAGAGGCUUUGACAAGAACA